AUGCUUCGAAUACCCUCCUUCCUCCCCACCGCCCUCCUGCUCCUCCUCUUCCCGUGCGCGCAUGCCGAUCUCCCCUCCGCCCUCCUUUUCCCCCGCCCCGCCGCGCGCCACCACGUGUACACCAAAGGGCAGCGCAAGUCCAUCGCUCUUUCGGGCGGCCUCUUCCACACCUCGGGCUUCUUCUUCAACGCCUCCGUGGGCGGCCAGCCCCUGCGCCUCAACCUAGAUCUCUCCUACUCCUCGCUCAUCAUCCCGCGCAAGGGCUGCGUCGGCUGCCGCGUCGGCGACAACCUCUACGACCCAGCCCUCUCCCCUUCCGCCACCCGAGUCGCCUGCGACGACGCCCGCUGCGCCGCCCACACGGAUGUGUGCCACAACAACAUGUGCUUCGCCUGCUCGCGGAGCGGCAGCUGCUGCGUCGAGGGCGCCCCCGACUGCGCUUUCAACAUGCUCUACGGCGAUGGAUCCAGCGGGAACGGCACCAUGUACCAGGAUUCGCUGCACGUCGCCGGCCUCGAUGCCACCAUCUCGUUCGGCGCCAUGCAUCAAGAGUCGCACAACUUUGAACUCCCGUACGCCGACGGCGUGCUGGGCCUCGCGUUUCAGAAGGCCGCGUGCCACCCCACGUGCAUCCCGCCAGUCAUGGACGCGCUGGUCAACCAGACCGGCAUCGACAAUGUCUUCACACUGUGCGUGUCGCGCUUCGGCGGCACGCUCGUGCUCGGCGCUGCGGACGAGGGGCUGGCGCGCGCCGCCUACCACUACCUAGACCUAAGCCCUGACGCGGAUGACACGCGCUUCAUCGUGCCCGCGCAGUCCGAGUGGAAGGUCAACGACCGCAGCUUGUCGGUCCCGAGCAUCACGGCCGCCAUGCUGUCGACCGGCUCAGCCAGUAUUGGCGUGUCGAAGGAGACCUUGAUAGCCUUGAUCUCGCACGUCAGGGAGCACUUCUGCCACAUCGAUGGCAUUUGCUCCAUGACUAGCUGGUUCCGCCCGCAGAGUUGCUCAUACAUCCCGGACGAGUCGCUGCGCCAAAUGCCGAAUAUCACCAUGGGCUUGUCGCGCGAAGUAUCUAUAACGCUUCAGCCGGAGGACUACCUCAUUCAGUACCGCGUCAUCAAGGGCAAGAUGCACCGCUGCGUUGCCUUCAUUGCCACGGAGGGGCUCGCGCAGAAGGGCGUGGGGCUGCUACUAGGCGCGACCGUCAUGCGCCGCUAUGCUGUCGUGUUCGAUCGCGGGCAAAAGCGUGUAGGGUUUGCGCCGGCCAACGACGAAGUGUGCGGCCCGAAGACUGGUUCGGAUAGCGGCUUGCCCGCGUACAAAACAGGUGGAAACGAGUCCAUUCUCACCGCGGAUUCGCCGGGCGUGCAGGGGGCGGUCCCCGUGAGGAAUGACACGGAGGUGGGGAAGCAUCUGUUGCAGGCGGAGAGAUGUCGCGCGGAGGAGACGUGCUCUGGAUGCGCGUCGCAAUCAGAUUGCAGUUUUGGGUACCAAACUGGGCUUUGCGUACCACUUGAUGAGGCGGGGAGCAUUCCGUAUCCCUAUUGUAAGGGGUCCUUUUGUGCGUGUAUUGCAGUCGGACCCUCGGGAUGGUAUGUGGGCGUCGCAAUUGGGACUUUGCUUGCGACCGCAAUUGUGAGUGCGAUUGUAUUUGUGUUUCGGAAGCGGCAGCAAAACAAUCGAUACCAGAUGGUACAGUCGUAUGAGGAACAAGACCUUGAGACCUUUUGAACCGUUUCACGACGAGCCUGGUAGCUUGCUAUAUACUGUAUAUGGCCCUUCCUUUCAUGUCGAUCUGAUGUUUGUGCAGUCCCCCGGAGGGCUCUAGUCUCGACGUGAGAAUCAUACAUAUACGGGGGGUCCAAAUGACAGCACAGUCGUACAAGCUAUCGGUUGCAAGGAACAAAACUUUUUUGAUGUGACUGCUAAGACAGACUCUGGUGGUCACAAACAUAACUCAUCAUCUCAAAGUGGACAUAAUACAUUUUAUUUCGCCUGUUCGGCAAAAUGCUCGGCAAAAUGCGAACUCGGAA